AUGGGAGAGCAUCGUACAUUGGCCAUGGUUUGCGACGAUGGAGGGAACAAGACUAGCCUAUUUGUUUACAUACGGCAGUACCACUGGUUAACGGUGAUCCUGAUAAAUUUGGACCGUGGUGAUCAUCAGAAAUACCCAUGUGAUGUAUCAAACUCUGCCUCUGUCAAUGAUCUAGUAAAUAAAAUUAAGGAGAGGUAUUCCUCAGCACCACAUGUAGUUGUGAACUCGGCUGGCAUCACUCGAGACAGGACAAUGAUGAAACUCACAGAGGAGGACUUUGACAAAGUAAUAGAUGUUAAUCUCAAGGGAACUUGGUUAUUAAACAGGGCAGUAGGAAAGGCAAUGUUGGCAGACAAAGUUCCUGGCUCUAUUGUCAACAUAUCAAGUCUUGUGGGAAAGACAGGAAAUAUAGGACAAACCAAUUAUGCUGCCUCAAAAGCUGGAGUGAUAGGGCUCACUAAGUCCAUGGCCAAAGAAAUGGGAAAGUUUAACAUUAGAGUGAAUGCUGUUUUACCUGGGUUUAUCGAGACCCCUAUGACUGAUGUUGUCCCUGAACAUCUCAUACAAAUGACCAAAAUGUUGAUUCCACUUGGGCGCCUUGGUAACCCAGAAGAAAUAGCAAAUACUUGUGCCUUCCUAGCAUCAGACAAGAGUAGUUAUAUAACUGGUGCAACAAUUGAAGUUACGGGUGGCCUAUUCAUGUAAUUAGGAGUAAGAACUGCAGAUUAGAUGUGAUUGUCUGUGAUAAAAAAGAAUUGCCAGAAUUAGAUACAGGAACAGUGAACUAGGAUGAUACAAGUACAUUUGUGACACUAUGCAGAGUACAUAUAAAUUAAUUGCUAUUCAGAGAGGACUAGUUCUGCCUCAAGAUACACUUCCUUUGAAGCAGUUGACUGUUAGUCAAGUUGGGGGUGAUCUUGUACUGGGAUGCUGCUGUAUGAAGUAGGAAUCCUUAUCUCUGCCAGAAAUUUUAUGGAGGAAUAUGGAUUUGGGUCCUUCUUGGCAGGCUUCUUGGUAACUGAAGGAAGAAAAAAAUCUAAGUAAUUUUACUGAAGAUACAUGAACAUAGCUAGGACACAUGAUUGUAGAUCAAUACUAUUACUGUGUAUAAGACUUGUUACCAACUGCCCACAAAAAUAUGUCUGGUUGUUCAAGUGUAUGGCAGAUGAGGCAAAACUGAACCUUUUUAUGGACUUUAACAACCCAUUGUAUUUCUGUUGGGAGUUGGUAGCAAACUUAUCAAGUGUUUUGCUUUGUUGAGGAUCAACAAUUGUUUAACUUAUAUUGAAAUCCAAAUUUUGCUACUAACUUUACAAAGGAAUAUUGACAGCAGGAAUGUGAAGUCUAUUACCCAAUGACAGAAUAUCAUUCUGAUCCGAUCAAGACAAAAUAAAUUUAA